CGCAGGUCGAUCCCGCCUUCUGGCCGCGCCGGACGAGCCGAGCAUGGGACGCAGCGCGACCUGACGGUCUGGGCUGCCGGACCAGCCCGCACAGAGCCCGCGGCAUGGCUCCGGUGGCCCUGCACAAGAUGGAGCAGAGAGAUGCUGACAGCGAGUCGAGCAGGAGCAAGAAGUCGUUCAGCUCUGGCACGCUGUCGCUCUACAGCUUCCAGGGGGAGCGGACAUGCUCGUUCAAUCCGAACACGCGCCACGGACGUCGGAUGUACGUCAUACAGAUGCUCGUGCUGCCGUUUAUUCCCAUCUUUGCGCUUAUCGUCCAGAACAUUUACACAAUGACAACAGCCAUCCAGCACCAGCAGAAGAUGGAAAAUCUAAAGCAUACGAUCGAAGGAACCACCGACUUGGGCUUGCUGCUGACCGCACUGCAGAUGGAGCGGGCUGAAGUCGCCUUCCUCAUCUUCACCAGCGGGACUACAUCCGACCUGGCCGACAGCCUGGCCGAAUACCGAGCCGUCCCUGAGAGCCCGAGUGACAUGUCGACGGUGGCUGGUUGGACCGCGGAACCAGUCAAGGCCAGCGAUGGGAUACGGCGGGCGUUCGAAACGACGGACAACGCGCUGGAGAGGACGACCGGCUGGGAAGACCUGGCCCGCCUGGUCAGCCGGCCCCGUAACAACCGCAUGUUCACCUCCAAGCUCCGCUUCAGGAUCAGGCUGGAGGACCUCAGGCGGACAGUGUUUAAUGAGCCGAGCUCGACCCGACGCCAGGUGCAGUGGUACGAUCACGCUAACAGCUGGCUGCUGGACGUGCUGGCCCGCCGCGUCACCGCCCGCCGAUGGACCACGGGCGCCACCAGUUCGCUGCUGGCGUAUAUCAACAUCCUGCGGGCGAUCGAGCACUUCGGCGUGAUGUUGGUGCUCGGUCUGCGCUACCUCCACUUGGACCGGCUUCCCACGCUCCUCCUAGCGACUGCUGUGCGCUCCGACACCCUCUUCUGGGAGUACAUCAACAACACGCGCGUCUUCUCUGCCGAGAUGUCCGAGAGUAUCCACAGUAUCUUCGACAGCUAUGAGGGCAUGCAGACUUUCACCACAGUACGAGACGGCAUCGUCUCCAACGAGCCCGCGGCCAGUAUGGGCGUGACAUCUCUCAAGUACUUUGAGGACGUCACGAAUCUGGUGGUUCGCCUGCGGAAGGUUCAGCAGAAGCUGCGCGAUAUCAUCGAAAUAAACACCACGGCCCAGAUGGAGUCAGCCCGUCAGCAGCAGAUCGUGACGGCCAGCCUGCUCGUGCUCAUCCUUAUCCUCUCACCCAUUAUCAUACUGAUGACGCGCACCGCUGCUGUGGCCAUGGAGACGUUCACGGAGGCUCUGGCGGAGAAGACGGUGGAGGUGCGGCGCGAGAAGCGGAAGGCGGAUCGGCUGCUGUACCAGAUGCUGCCACGCCAAGUGGCACUACAGCUCAAGGGCCGCCUGCAGGUGCCGGCCGAGUCGUUCGAAUCCGUCACCAUCUACUUCAGCGACAUCGUCGGCUUCACCAGCAUCUCGGCAAAAAGCUCACCCAUUCAGGUGGUGACGUUUCUGAACCGGCUGUACAGGAUCUUCGACAACAGGAUCGACCGAUACGACGUGUACAAGGUGGAAACGAUCGGGGACGCCUACAUGUGCGUCUCCGGACUGCCCGUCAGAAACGGAGAGCGUCACGUCACAGAGGUGGCAGACAUGUCGCUGGAGCUGAUCGCCGCCGUGUGCAAGUUCCAUGUGCCGCACCUUCCCGGCCAUCUAGUGGAGAUUCGCAUCGGGAUCAACACGGGCCCGUGUGUGGCAGGCGUGGUCGGCACGAAGAUGCCCCGGUACUGCCUGUUCGGGGAUGCCGUGAACGUGGCAUCACGAAUGGAGUCGACGGGAGAGCCCAUGAAGAUACACCUUACACAGACAACAUAUGAAUACCUGGAACGGGUAGGGAGCUACGAAAUGCAGUUUCGAGACAACAUCGAUGUGAAGGGAAAAGGCGCGAUGGCAACCUAUUGGCUGGUCAGCAAGUUUGGCAGGAUUCCACGGAACGUCGAAAUCACAGCACCCAGCUAUUUGGACAAUGAUGAAGAGCCGGACUUCAUGAAGUCGGACUAUUGGGAUCGAGACGAUUGAUUGUGCUUCUUGAAGUCGCGCUACUGGGAUCGAGAGAACUGAUUGAGAUAAAUUAACUCGGAAUGAGGGAAGGUAGGGGACUGAUUGAGUUUCAUGAAGUCGAACUGCCGGAAGCGAGAGGAUUAAUCUAGCUUCCUACGAUAUGCGCCUGAAUUUGUUCAUGAUCUCAAAGUAACAAAUGCACAGCUUGGAGCUUUAUCUUGAUAUAUUGUUUGGCGUUUUGCCAGCUCAUUAUAUAGACAUGCGUAUGUCACCUGACCGCUAAUCGAGGUCACGGUCUUCACAUUGCCGCGGCUAUUGGGAAAUGAAGUCAUUGCAUAGUGCGAACAGUGCUGUCCAAUAUGUUAUUUACCGUGGCCGGUGUAGGGCUUGACUUUUCUCGAUUUUUAGAAAUAUCUGAACACGAGGUCCGGGGCCAAGUUACCCCAUAUUUGUGAAACCCAAGGUAGAAAUGAGACUGCACCGGUCAGAGAUCAGUAGAGCAUGCAUCUCCUACACGUAUUACGUGGAUAAGACAGUAGUAUUAGCCAUAUUCCUCCGAGAAAAAAAGCUAGGAGAGCGGAGAUCUAGUUGUGUUGACAUUUCGGCAACAUGUCUUUAUCGAAACAAUAGCAGAAUUUGACUUCUAGACUUCU